CCACCUCCAUGGAUUGCAGCUGUCCUCUCUACCUUAACCCUUUGACCAGUGCUUGUUUGUGUGUAGCACUAGUAGACAAAGCACCAUCCAUGACUUGAAAAGAAAAUUCACCAAAUUGGUUGCAAGUAUUGGUUGAUGGCUCUUAUCUAUCUAGUAAGUAGAACUAGUAGAGGAGAUAAUUUGCAGAUGUUUUGCUUUCUUUUCUUGUCCUCACCGAAUCCUACUAACCUCCUCUUUGUGGUAGGCAUGUGCAUAAGUGUCAAGUGUCUAUAUAUAUUCUUCUGCACAUUCUUUGCUCCCUGCCCAUAGAUACACAUUUCCUCUUCUUCUUCUUCUUGUUCUUGUUCUUGUGUCCUGACUGUUCUUGAUAAAGCUCAGAUUUGGGAAUUGGACCACAUCAUAACAUUCUUUGGCAGAGUUUGUGAAGGUACAUUUGGAGUUUGGAUUAAUUUCAGUUAGUUGAUCAUGGCGAGCCGGGAGGAGAGCGGCAAUGGCGGUGGCGGUGGCGCGACGCCGGCGGCGGAUUACCGGAGCUCGGACAGCCGGAGCUCGAGCCGGCGGAGCACGCGGUUCAAGGAGGACAACGAGUACGUGGAGAUCACGCUCGACGUCAAGGGCGACGACACGGUCGCCAUCCAGAGCAUCCGCAACGGCGCCGACAUGCCCGAGGUCGCCCUCCUCGCGCGCGGCCUCGCGCAGCAGCCGCCGCCGUCCGCGGCGCCCGGCCCCGGCGGGCUCUCGUCGCGGCUCAAGGCGGUGAGGACCGAGCUGAGGCGGAUCGCGUCGUGGAAGUUCCCCAGCGGCGUUCUCAGCGGCGGCGGCGGCGGCGGCGACGCGCCGGGCAACGGCAACGACCGCCGCCCUCGCCUCGACCGGAGCAUGACCGGCGCCGCCCGCGCGCUGCGCGGGCUCCAGUUCCUCAACUCCAGCGCCGUCACCAAUGGCUGGCCGGAGGUGGAGAAGAGGUUCGAGCGCCUCGCCGUCGACGGCUUCCUCCUCCGCUCCCGCUUCGGCCAGUGCAUCGGAAUGGUUGGAUCCGAGGAGUUUGCGGUUCAGAUCUUCGACUCGCUUGCGCGGCGGCGAGGGAUCACGGCUCAGUUGCUGACCAAGGAUCAGCUCCGGGAGUUUUGGGAGCAGCUCUCUGAUCCAGGAUUUGAUGCCAAGCUGCAGACUUUCUUUGACAUGGUUGACAAGAAUGCAGAUGGUCAGAUCACUGAAGAGGAGCUCAAAGAGGUCCUCACCCUGACUGCCUCUGCAAACAAGCUGUCCAAGAUCCUGGAGCGCGUCGACGAGUACACCGCGCUGAUCAUGGAGGAGCUCGAUCCCGAUCAAUUAGGCUACAUAGAUAUAUCAAACCUGGAGUCGCUGCUGCUGCUGCCGCCGUCGCAGGCGCCGUCGAAGCUGGUGACGCACAGCUCCAACAUCAGCCAGCUGAUCAGCCAGAAGCUGGUGCCGACGCACGACCGGAACCCGCUCCGGCGGGGGCUCCGGCGGCUGUCCUACUUCAUGGAGGACAACUGGAAGCGGGUGUGGGUGAUGGCGCUGUGGCUGGCCAUCAACGCCGGCCUCUUCACCUGGAAGUUCAUGGCGUACAAGCGCCACCCGACGUUCGACGUCAUGGGCUACUGCGUCUGCGUCGCCAAGGGCGGUGCCGAGACCACCAAGUUCAACAUGGCCCUCAUCCUCCUCCCCGUUUGCCGGAACACCAUCACCUGGCUCCGUUCUCGCACCAAGCUCGGCGCCGUCAUCCCCUUCAAUGACAACAUCAACUUCCACAAGGUGGUGGCAGGGGGAGUGGUGGUAGGGGUGGCGCUGCACGGGGUGACUCACCUGACGUGCGACUUCCCGAGGCUGCUGCACGCGAGUGAUGCGGCGUACGAGCCGAUGAAGAAGUACUUCGGGCAGACACGGAUCCCGGACUACUGGUGGUUCGUGCGCGGCGUAGAGGGGAUCACCGGCGUGAUCAUGGUGGUGCUCAUGGCCAUCGCCUACACGCUGGCGCACCCGUGGUUCCGCCGGAGCAAGCUUAGUGACAGCAACCCGCUGAAGCGGCUCAGCGGUUUCAAUAUGUUUUGGUACUCCCACCACCUCUUCGUCAUCGUCUACAUCGCCUUCGUUGUCCAUGGCGUCUGCCUCUACAUCAACCGGACUUGGUGGAAGCAGACGACAUGGAUGUACCUUGCCAUCCCUAUCCUGCUCUACGCCGGUGAGCGGAUUUUCCGGGCUCUGAGGUCUCAUGGCUUCACCACCGUAAGGAUUGAGAAGGUUGCAAUCUAUCCUGGCAACGUGAUAGCCAUCCACAUGACCAAGCCCCAUGGGUUCAAGUACAAGAGUGGCCAGUACAUCUAUGUUAACUGCGGCGAGGUCUCGCCAUUCGAGUGGCACCCGUUCACCAUCACCUCGGCUCCCGACGACAGCUAUCUCAGCAUGCAUAUCCGGUGCCGCGGUGACUGGACCUCGAGCUUCAGGGCCAUCUUCUCUCAGAUAUGCAGGCCUCCGAUGAACGGCCAGAGCGGCCUCCUCCGGGCUGACUGCAUGUCCAUGGAGCACCAUUCAAGGUUCCCCAAGCUCCUGAUCGACGGGCCGUACGGCGCGCCGGCGCAGGACUACUGGAAGUACGACGUCCUCCUCCUCAUCGGCCUAGGCAUCGGCGCCACCCCUCUCAUCAGCAUCGUCAAGGACGUCCUCAACCACAUCUACGACGACCCCGAGUCCGCCGCCUCGCCGCACACCACCAAUGGCGGCGGCGCCGCGGCCGCGGCGAGGAGGGCGUUCAUGACGAAGCGCGUCUACUUCUACUGGUGCACGCGGGAGGAGGGCUCGUUCGAGUGGUUCCGCGGCGUGAUGAACGAGGUGGCCGACCGCGACGCCGGGCGCGAGUUGAUCGAGCUCCACAACCACUGCACCAGCGUGUACGAGGAGGGGGACGCGCGGUCGGCGCUGGUGACGAUGCUCCAGGCGCUCCACCACGCCAAGAACGGCGUGGACGUGGUGUCCGGGACGCGGGUGCGCACCCACUUCGCGCGCCCGAGCUGGCGCGACGUGUUCAAGCGCGUCGCCGUGAACCACCAGGGGCAGCGCGUCGGCGUCUUCUUCUGCGGCGACCAGGCGCUCACGCCGGAGCUCCGCCGCCUCGCCCAGGACUUCUCCCACAAGACCACCACCAAAUUCGUCUUCCACAAGGAGAAUUUCUAGAUCAUCGGAUUCAUCGUCGUCAGCUGCCUCUCCGGCGGAUAAUUGAGUUCUUUCAUCCUCUGAGCGAGCUCAGAUUAAGUGUACAAUUAUAUACAGAUUAAUGGUGAGAGAUAGGACUACAUAUUUUAGUGAGUGAUUGGUUGUUCGUUCGUUUGUUUUUUUUUCUCCUUCUGUGUAGGUAGAAGAAUGGUAGGGGGAGUGAUGAUUAAGUUAGUUGAUGUUUUUUUUGUUUCACAAGUUUGUACAAAAUUACCAGAAAACGAUGAUAUAAAGCUUACCACAAAGUGCUUUUUUUU